UGCGACCGCUCGGAGGCGGGCGGCAGGCGCUGAGGCAGCAACCGCUGCUAGUCGCUGCUGAGGCGGCCGCGGGUAAGCAUCUAGGUGGUGCUCGGCCGGCCGACGCUGGCGGUGAGGACGCGCUUCCAGGACGGGCCCCAUGGCCCCCAGCUAGAGUAUCGAGAGAAGCGGCCGAAGCCCAGGAUGCUGACGCGGUGGCGCGGAGGCGCCUCAGCCAUCGCAGUUCCCAAACCCUUAGCAUGGUGAAGUAAACUGGCCAGACCUUCUGGAGAUGGGCUUAUCCACAUCCUGAGUCCUUGAUGAAGCAGAGCAGAAAGCAGUUAAGGAAACAGAAGGUUCAAUGCAGUGGAAUCCAGAUGGUGAUAAAGAUCGAGCAAUGACUCCAGGGUGCUCUGGAGCGCCACCUUGGGGAGGGUGCUGACUGUCUUUUUGAAGUAGAUUGUCCAUGGCCUGAACAUUUCUUGAAAACAAUUUUGUGCAAAGCAUCUGCCUAAUGAGAUAAACACAUCAAGAUGGUUGGAAAGCUGAAGCAGAAUCUACUCUUGGCAUGCCUGGUGAUCAGUUCUGUCACAGUAUUUUACCUGGGCCAGCAUGCUAUGGAGUGCCAUCACCGCAUAGAGGAGCGGAGCCAGCCAGCCAGAUCGGAGAACACCAAGACCACUGUGCGAACCAGCCUAGAGGUCAGAGCUAACAAGACCUCCAUCUACCACAAAGACAUGCCAUUAAUAUUCAUUGGAGGUGUGCCCAGGAGUGGAACCACACUCAUGAGGGCCAUGCUGGAUGCGCACCCUGACAUCCGCUGUGGAGAGGAAACCAGGGUCAUCCCUCGAAUUCUGGCCCUGAAGCAGUUGUGGUCCCGGUCCAGUAAAGAGAAGAUCCGCUUAGAUGAGGCUGGUGUCACCGAUGAAGUGCUGGAUUCUGCCAUGCAAGCCUUCCUGCUGGAGAUCAUUGCUAAGCAUGGCGAGCCAGCACCUUAUUUAUGUAACAAAGACCCUUUUGCCCUGAAAUCCCUGACUUACCUUGCUAGGUUGUUCCCCAAUGCCAAAUUUCUCCUGAUGGUUCGAGAUGGCCGGGCAUCCGUGCAUUCGAUGAUUUCUCGAAAAGUUACUAUAGCCGGGUUUGACCUGAACAGCUACCGGGACUGUCUGACCAAGUGGAAUCGAGCCAUAGAAAUCAUGUACAACCAGUGUAUGGAGGUUGGUUAUAAAAAAUGCAUGUUGGUUCACUAUGAACAGCUGGUCUUACACCCUGAACGGUGGAUGAGAACGCUCUUAAAGUUCCUCCACAUUCCAUGGAACCAUUCAGUACUGCACCAUGAAGAGAUGAUCGGGAAGGCUGGGGGAGUAUCUCUGUCAAAAGUGGAGAGAUCAACAGACCAAGUCAUCAAGCCAGUUAACGUGGGGGCUCUAUCCAAGUGGGUUGGGAAGAUACCCCCAGAUGUUUUACAAGACAUGGCAGUGAUCGCACCCAUGCUUGCCAAACUUGGAUAUGACCCGUAUGCCAACCCCCCUAACUAUGGAAAACCUGACCCCAAGAUCCUUGAGAACACCAGAAGGGUCUAUAAAGGAGAAUUUCAACUACCUGAUUUUCUGAAAGAAAAACCCCAGGCUGGACGUGGUGGUGCAUGCCUGACUCCAAGAAUUUUUAAACACCUGUGUCCCUUCCUCCAACAGACUGAGCAAGUGGAGUAACCAAGCCCAGAACAUCUCACAAGUGAGGAAUGCCUGCUGCCUUUCCUACAAAAGGGAAAUCUCCAGAACUAGCCAUCCCCUGCUGGGAACAGUGGGGUUCCUGCACUCACCGCUCCUCCCCCUGAGGGAGGUGUCACAAGUCUGGGCCUCCCUGAAUGAUCUGCUUCCUGAGUGACAUGCACAGCCCUGGGGAUGAGGAGCCCUGGGGACACAGGCAGCAACACGCAGCCCUGUGGAUGAGGAGCCCAAACGGGAUUUGGUUCUAUGACAGCUCCUCCUCUCUUCUUACCAGAUUCCAAACUUGUAUUUCAAAGUGACAGUUUAAAGAUGGCAUUUUGUUAGCAAAAUUGGGCAGUUUUGUUUGGAAUAGAUUGUCUGUCCAUGUUCCAGUGUUUUGUAGAGCACUCGUGCCUGUUUAAAUUUAUUGAUGUGGAGAAUAGUAAAUAUCUUAAUUAUUUAAAUAAUUCACUGUAUUGUUUCGGAGAAGUUGGGAAAUUACCAUAUACAUUUACAAUCUAAUGACUUUUGUAUUUUAUUUUUCAAAAUAAAAGCUUAAACGUGAA